AUGGCCUUCCCAACAACCCCCAUCGCCCGCCUCCCCAACCACGGAGCCCCCGUCCACGCCCUCACCUUCUCAGCCGGAACAGGCCAAUACCUCCUCACCGGCUCCCAAGACCGGCAAAUCCGCCUCUUCAACCCGCUAACAGGGAAACUGAUCCAGAAAUUCUCCGCCCAUGGCUAUGGUGUCCUGGACCUAGCCGUCGCGGACGAUAAUGCGCGUUUUGCUUCCGUGGGAGGGGAUAAGACGGUUUUCUUGUGGGAUGUGGCUACUGCGCAGACUUUGCGACGGUUUCAGGGGCAUGCGGGGCGGGUGAAUGCGGUGGCUUUCGGAGGGGAGGGGGAUGCAGCGGUGGUUUCGGGGUCUUUUGAUGGGACGGUCAAGGUGUGGGAUGGAAGGAGUAGGGAUGGGAGGGCUAUUAUGACGUUUGCGGAGGCGAGGGAUGCGGUUAGUGCUGUUGCUGUGCUGGGUGGGUUUAUUAUUGCGGGGUCCGUGGAUGGGAGGGUGAGGUGUUAUGAUUUGGGGACGGGACGGGUGGAGACGGAUGUGAUGGGGGGGAGUGGUGUCACGAGUGUUUGUCCAACGAAGAAGGGGGAUGCGGUUUUGGUUUCUACGCUUGAUUCGAGGGUUAGGCUUAUGGAUCGCGGGUCGGGACAGUGUUUGCAGACUUUUAAGGAUGAUGGCGAGGAGGGGUUUGUAAAUGAAGCUUAUCGGAUCCGGUCGACGUUGGGGAUGGCGGAUUCGGUGGCGAUUAGUGGGUCUGAGGAUGGAAGGGUUUUGGUUUGGGAUGUGCUUACUGGAGCUGUGAGGGAGAGGCUGUGGCAUAAGAAGGGUGGUGCAGGGGCUGGUGAGGAAGUUGAGGAGGAUGUGGGCUUCGGCUGGUGGGGAUGGGGAGGUGGUGGUAUGGGGUCUGGGGGAUUAGAGGAUGAUCACACUGUCCUUCUCGACCACUACUUGCAAAGAAGCCACCAUCGAAGUGACAAGUCCCGGGAAUGCUCACAUCGGCCUGACUACCACCACGAUCGCGAGCCCGAAAAUGUUCUCCUGACACGGUUCUAUCCUCAGACUCUGAUACCAGCUGCCAUCAAAUCUACCGGUUCCAGCACAUAUGCAGAAGCUGCUGCGUUACUUGAGCACAUCUCACGUACGUUCCAGCUUGCUACAUCAAAUCUACCUGGCCACGACUCUUCACACGACCUCAUGCUAUGGGCAACAUGCUACAGUACCGUGUCACCCGCCAUGAUGGAGUCGUACGUUGCUUCUGCUUCCAGCUAA